AUGCUGUGCAGUUUUUGGAAUUCGCGAUCACGACUUCUGCGCAUUUCUAUUUGUCUGACAUUGCUCAAUAUCAGCCUAAGUAUAUUCCGGGAUUUUCUGGAUGAGCCAACAGAAGCAAAGUUUAAAACGGAUAAUAGAAAUGGAGGUGAUUUUGAUGAAGACAUGGACUACGUGUUGGAAACAAUACAGUAUAUGCAUGAUCUCAAGAUUGGGAAAGCUGAAAUUCGGCCGGUAGUGGAAAAGGAAGCAAAAGUGCGGCAAUACUGGUGGCGCUGCCGACUUGCAAAACCAAAUAUUGUUGUUUUGAACGAUUGGCUGCAAAACGAUGAUCUCAGCGUGUAUUCAGCGACCUACGAUCGCAGACACUCUUCUCUGUAUCCAAAUAAUCAUGUUGUACAGGGUAUGGAUUUUGCUGACGAUAAACCAGAACGUUUGAUUGAAUGGGUAGAAAUGCAGCUGAUGGCUGGUGCUGAUGCAAUCACCAUAUAUCAGUAUCAUGUGCCUCGUAAAAUGCUACAAGUUCUGGAUUACUAUGCCAGGAAAAAGUUGCUAACUGUGGUGAGCUUCAGUAAGAAUCCGCAGCAUAUUGACACCCACAAGUAUGUAUUAAUUUUGGAUGUUGAUGAAGUGAUUGUACCCUUGAAACAUGAUAAUUGGAGUGCCAUUACAGAUACAGUUUCGACAGUAUUCAACCAUUUUGCUCUGCACCGUCAGCAUGGCAAUGUGAGGAAGACGUUAUACGUGAAUCCGGAUGUGGCGCUGAAGCUGCACUACAAGGAGAAGUGUCCAAUUGAAUCCGGGAGACAGUGCGAGCAGCUUGAGCGUGUCACGGUGGAUGACACGUCAAUGGAUAAAUACGCCGAAGAACUCACACAACGGGUCACUCGUGUGCUCAAAAUUUUGAAAUUCAUUAAUUAG